UGUUGCGUAACUUCACUGCAGGUUUCUCGCAGCCGCAUUUAGCGUCACCUCCACCGGCUGUUCAUUGGCGUAACGCAUCCCUCUUCCACAAUGGCAGCGCCGAAGAAAGUCUGCAUUAUUGGCUCUGGAAACUGGGGUUCUGCCAUUGCCAAGAUCGUGGGUGCCAAUGCUGCUCAGAAUGCACAUUUUGACACCACUGUUAAAAUGUGGGUGUUUGAGGAGAUGGUGAAUGGGCGCAAACUGACGGAAAUCAUCAACACUGACCACGAAAAUGUGAAGUACCUUCCGGGUCACCAGCUGCCAGCAAACGUGCUGGCGGUCGCAGACCUGGUGGAGGCGUCCAGUGACGCGGACAUUUUGGUGUUUGUGAUCCCGCAUCAGUUUGUCGCCAAAGUGUGCGACACCAUGAAGGGGAAGAUAAAGACCGACGCACUGGGCAUGUCUCUCAUCAAGGGUGUAGACGAGGGGCCUGACGGACUUAAACUCAUCUCUAAUGUGAUCCAGGAGAAGAUUGGCAUCACCAUGAGCGUGCUCAUGGGGGCCAACAUUGCCAAUGAGGUUGCCGAUGAGAAGUUUUGUGAGACCACCAUUGGGUGCAAGAAUACAAAACACGGGGCUCUCCUGAAGGAACUCAUGCAGACCACCAACUUCCGAGUCACCGUGGUGGAAGAGUCUGAUGUGGUGGAGAUCUGUGGAGCCCUGAAGAACAUCGUCGCGGUCGGAGCCGGUUUCUGUGACGGUCUGGGCUUCGGAGACAACACGAAGGCGGCCGUGAUCCGGUUAGGCCUGAUGGAGAUGAUCGCCUUCGCCCGCAUCUUCUGCACCGCCGGCCCCGUGUCCUCGGCGACCUUCCUGGAGAGCUGCGGCGUGGCCGACCUCAUCACCACCUGCUACGGCGGCCGCAACCGCAAAGUCGCCGAAGCCUUCGUGAAGACGGGGAAGACCAUCGAGCAGCUGGAGAAGGAGAUGCUGAACGGUCAGAAGCUGCAGGGCCCGGCGACGGCCGCCGAGGUCUACCGCAUCCUGCAGCACAAAGACCUCGUCGACAAGUUCCCACUGUUCAAUGCCAUCUAUCAGAUCUGCUUUCAGGGCCACCCGGUCUCAGAGUUCAUAAGCUGUUUGCAGAACCACCCAGAGCACAUGUAAAAAAUUUAAAAAGAAGGAUCGGAAAACUGACCAAGUGCCUUUAAAAAAUAUUUUUAAAAAGAGACCAUUACCUUUUCUCCCCCGUCACCGGGCAGAAGUAGACGAGGACCAGUCACUCCACAGCUGCCACGCCAGUGAGGGCGAUGUUCACUCUGAAGGGGUUGCGUAACGUCCGUGUGUUCAGCUCUCGUCCGAGCGCUCUGUCCUUAACGCUCUUCGAAGUGCUUUCAUUUCCCGACGACUUGGAGUCCGGAUGAAGCCGUUUCUUUUCCCGUGUUAUUGUCCGAUAGCUAUCUUUUUGUUCUAUAAAUGUAUUUUUUAAAUCCGAAUGAGUGGCGUCGGAUAUCUAGAAAGCGACCAAAUUGAAAAACGCUAAUAUACAUAUCCAGACUUUUAUGGCACCGCAUCAUUCAUUCAUAAUUUUUAACAACCACUCAAGGCGAAAAGACCCCCCGAUGGCCUUCUGUUGGGAUUUAUUAUCCAACUGUCAUGUAAUACCUCAUUUAAUUCUGUCUUUAUUUGCUCUAAAAGUGUCUUACAUAAUUCACUGUCUUGUACUGUAUAUUAACGCACUGUCGGAGUAUAAGUGCCUUAGCAUGCACGGUUUCUAAUUCUUUGAAAUUUAUUUUGUUUUGGGGUUCAACCAAAGACUGAAACUACUUAACAUCCGUCCAAUAUUCCAUUUGUUAUUGUGACCCCGUCUGAUUAAGCUACUAUAUCAACUGUGACGGUAAUUAUAUCAACAUUUGUCUGAAUAAACUAAUUCGAAUCAAAUGAAAA